GUGUCAAAAGACUAACCUUUACCGCUUCGAUCGUGCCGAUGAAAGAUUUGUCGACAAAAAAAUUUUCCAAGUUGUCACAAGUGCCGAAAGAUGAACACAAGAGUCAAGGAUUUGUCAGUCAACCUGCCGUUCGGCCCUCCACCAAUUCUCCCAGACAUCAGGAGCGUUCUUAAGGAAUAUAUCGAGUGUCCUGAACGCCUGCCGAUCCAUGAUGUGGAAAAAGUUCAAUGCUACUGGCCUCGAGAGCCGGACAUUCUUGCCCUCCUCAAACACGACGUCGCGCCUGUUGGAACUAACUUGAAGUUUGACAGAGAUCCGAUAACCGGCCGCAUCUCUGACUUGCGGGAAGUUGUUGUUGAAGGCGCUGGUGAAAACCCGAGGAACUCGAUGUCUAUGAGCCGUGCUCCUGGUCCGCCUGCGGAAGGCGUUAGAGGUAGCGCGAGCAAUUUUCCCUUUUGGCCUGGCGGGUUUGAUAUACCAGAACUACCGAAGGAUGUUGCCAGUGUUGAAAUAAACUUUGAGAGUAACCUCAGGACGCUGGCCAAGGGAUUCAAAUCAGGAAUCGAAUUUGCUGCGGAUAAUUGUAUCCCGAGAAACAUUGGCGAUACUCUGGAAAGUCGUACGUCUCCGGCUCCAGAGCCGGAGCCAGAGCAGGAUUCCAAUGCAGAAACAAUAAACCUCAUGGCGAUAGUACAUGAGCAGGAAAAUCUGCUGGGAUUGUGGUCGUCGCCGGGCGUUAAACCCAGGGAUGAGAAUGGCGAUCAGAAGAAGGAAAUUCAAAACGGAAACUUGCUGGUGGAUUUGGAUAAAGUGACGAAUUUGCAACCAGAGUGUAAUCUCCCUGUUUUGAAAAUAACUGAGAAAGCAACGUUCACCAAGACGUCUACCGAAUGGGCCGAAGUGCUGGACGUCUCCGUUCCCGUUGCUGACUUUGAGAAGCGUGUUCCAGAUCCAGCGUUUAAGUACCCUUACGAACUAGACACGUUCCAGAAACAGGCAAUCAUAAAGCUGGAGGAGAACUGCAACGUUUUUGUCGCCGCUCACACUUCCGCAGGUAAAACGACAGUGGCGGAAUACGCAAUAGCUUUGAGUCAAAAGCACAUGACGAGGGCAAUCUAUACAUCGCCGAUCAAGGCGCUGUCCAACCAGAAGUACCGUGACUUCAAACAGACGUUCGACAGCGUGGGGCUGAUCACAGGGGACUUGCAGAUUAACCAGACAGCUUCCUGUCUCAUCAUGACAACCGAGAUUCUUCAGUCCAUGCUCUAUUGCGCGUCUGAGGUCGUCAGAGACUUGGAAUAUGUGAUAUUCGACGAAGUCCAUUACAUAAACAACGAGGAUCGCGGUCACGUAUGGGAAGAAGUCUUGAUCCUCCUGCCGCCGAAUGUGAGCAUCGUCAUGCUUUCUGCAACAGUUCCAAACACUCUGGAGUUCGCUGAUUGGGUUGGAAGGACAAAAAAGAGGAAAGUGUACGUGAUCAGCACCCUGAAGCGGCCGGUGCCACUGCAACAUUAUCUGUACACUGGGUGUGGAGGAAAGAGCAGAAACGAUCGUUUUUUGAUCGUUGAUUCUGACGGAAAGUUUAAAAAGGAUGGAUGGGACAAAGCAGUCGCUGCCAAAUCAUCAAACACGAAGAAUCCUGGGGAAAAAAAGUAUCAGCUUAAUCCGAAUCAAGAGAAGACUCUAUGGGUCGGGUUCAUAGAUCACCUGAAAAGAGAAAACAAGCUGCCUGUCGUAGCUUUCACUCUAUCUAGGAAUCGCUGCGAUACGAACGCGGUCGCACUGAGGUCCGUCGACCUGACGACAGCAACGGAGAAAAGCCGCAUACGAGUGUUUUUCCAGCAGUGUAUCAUGCGGUUGAAAGAACCGGACAGAGAACUGCCACAGAUAGUUAGCAUGCAGAAGUUGCUGGAGCGUGGAAUCGGUGUGCAUCACAGCGGGAUUUUACCCUUUCUCAAGGAAAUAGUUGAGUUACUAUUCCAGAGCGGAGUGGUGAAGCUGCUGUUCGCGACAGAGACUUUCGCCAUGGGAGUGAACAUGCCUGCAAGAACUGUCGUCUUUGAUUCUGUUCGGAAGUUUGACGGUACUGAGUCCCGCACCCUCCAUCCCGCCGAGUACAUUCAGAUGGCGGGAAGGGCGGGACGCCGAGGUCUGGACGACACCGGAACGGUAAUAAUCCUGUGCAAAACAGACGUGCCAGACGCUCCUGUGCUGCAGAACAUGAUGCUUGGGAAACCGCAGAAGCUUGAGUCCCAGUUUCGGAUGACUUAUUCGAUGAUACUGAACCUGCGGAGGGUGACGGAGUCCGUGACCAUCGAGGGGAUGAUGCGGAGGUCGUUCAAGGAGGUGGCGCUAAUUGCCCAUGAGAAGAAGUACAAAGCCGAGUUGGAGGAGGUCGAAAAACAGCUCGCCGAAUCGUCGGAGUUGACGGAGUCGCAGAAACAGCUCGGGGGAUUUUAUUCAACGGCCAGUGAGUACCUCGACGAGUGGGUCAAGCUCAGGCCUCUUUUGUUAGACACGAAAAAAGCCGCUAAGCACCUGACUCAGGGUAGAAUUCUGCUGAUAUCAUAUCGCGAGCAUCACAACAAACUGGCCGUUCUUCUCGCAACGAUACAACGAAGGCAAGACACGCUUUACAGAGUUCUAACAUUGACUAACGUGCAGCAAUCCAACGCCGAGGAUGAUAUAAGGAUCGAAGUGCCAGGUUCAAAGGUGGAGAAGAAAGAGGAAAAGUCUGACAACUGGUACAAGAUCAUUGGAUUUACUAGAAAGGAAUUGUUUAUUCCCGAAGGUGUUGCUGGGCACGAAGUUCUGACUAUAUCGGCCCCUGAUAUUUUGGAAAUUACCAAACAGAGCAUCAAGGUUGACUUUCAGUUGGUCAUCAGCGACUGGGAAAAAAGGCAGAUCCCCCGGUUCAAGAACGACCCACCCGGAAAAACUUGUCAAGCCGCGGUCCAGGAGCUUCUUACUAUAUCUCUAGAUGCUGUCACGAAUCGCGAGAUACUCGAGCCGUUCGUUGAGAUAAAAUUGAACGAGUCCUCGCUUGUGCCGAGGGUGAAGUACCUGGCUGCAUUGAAGAAGAAACUCGAUAGCAUAACUUGCACAGACAUCGCCAACCUGGAGGAACAAUUUGAAGCUGUAUUCAAGCGGAAGGAAUUGGAGACAAGAAGGGAGAGACUAACCUUUCAGCUCAGUCACGAAAGUCUCUCGCUUUACCCUGAGUACACAAAUAAAGUUAACGUCCUUAGGUCGCUGCGCUAUAUAGAUGAUGAUGAGAGAGUCGCACUUAAGGGUCGGGUGGCUUUGGAAAUGGGAACUCACGAAUUACUGGUAACCGAGCUCAUCUUCAAAAACGCCCUCACCGCGCUGCAGCCGGCUGAAAUAGCCGCCCUGCUUUCGGCUCUGGUUUUCCAGCAGAAAACCAACGUGGAGCUACAGCUGAUAUCGCCUCUGAAGAAGGGAUGUGAAGUGAUGGAGGAGGUCCAGAAGAGCAUAGCCCUUGUGGAACAAGAACACGGUGUCGACCCGAUCGAGCCUCUGAACUUCGGCCUUGUACAGGUUGUCUAUGAAUGGGCGAGGUCAGAGCCGUUUGCGAAAAUAAUGGAGCUGACCGACGUCCAGGAAGGUAUAAUCGUCAGAUGCAUUCAGCAGCUGAACGAGAUGCUGAGGUAUGUGAAGAACGCGGCUGUAAUUAUUGGCGACCCAGUACUGAAAGAGAAGAUGGAGGAAGCCUCGACUGCCAUUAAACGAGACAUCGUUUUCGCUCAAUCCUUUUAUACACAGGAUUAAUCAUGGUUUGACGGUAGGCUUUGUCCUACUUAAUUCAUCGUUAUACUUUUUUUUUCACAAUUUUCCACAAUCUACAAUCGGCAGAAGAUAUGUAUCGCCCUGUUCUUUCUCUUUUUUUUCCCCAUCUUUGUUCGUAUUGCUUUUGCUGCUGGAAUCUGUAUACAAAUGUUUUUUUUAUCUACGGUUGUUUUUGCAUUUUGAAAACUAUCGAUCUCUGUCAAAUUUGUAAAUAUCGCUUUAUUGUUUAAUGCGAGUUAUAAAUUAAAUAUUGUAUGUUCACCAAAAUUGGAGAGAAACUGCAAACUAAUGUUCGAUUUGCAUCUGCGUUUUGCGAGUGUAAAUCAAGGAUUUAUUAAAUUGUAAGAGGAAAAAUCGAAUGA